GGGGCCCGUGCGGUCAUGCCGUGGCUGAGCGGCGGCCGGCGGCGGCGGCGGCGGGGAGAGCCGCGGGAGGCCCCGCGGGAGCCGCCGCCGCCCGCGCAGCCCCCUCGGGAGCCGCCGCCGCCCGCGCCCCCGGCCGCGGCCCCCGCGCCCCCCGCGCCCUCCGCGCCGCCGCCGCCGCCGCCGCGGGCCCGGGAGAGCGCCGAGCUGCCGCUGCCCGCCGGCUGGGAGGAGGCGCGCGACUACGACGGCCGCGUCUUCUACAUCGACCACAACACGCGCCAGACGUCGUGGAUCGACCCCCGCGACCGGAUAACAAAGCCGUUGACCUUUGCCGAUUGUGUUGGGGAUGAACUUCCUUUAGGAUGGGAGACUGUAUACGAUAAACAGAUUGGGAUUUAUUACAUGGACCACAUAAAUAAGCUUACCCAGAUUGAGGAUCCCAGAGAACAGUGGCGGCGAGAGCAGGAACGGAUGCUGAAGGAGUAUUUGAUCGUAGCCCAGGAGGCUCUCAAUGCCAAGAAAGAAAUCUACCAGAUUAAGCAGCAGCGGUUCGAGCUGGCUCAGGAGGAGUACCAGCAGCUGCACAGAAUGUGUGAGGACGACACCCGCUCCUACACCGGCUCCUUCUCUGGAUAUUCAGCAAAUACAAAGUACGACCCAUACCAAAUUAAAGCAGAAAUAGCAAGUCGUCGGGAUAGGCUUUCCAGAUUAAAACGAGAGCUGACCCAGAUGAAGCAAGAACUGCAGUACAAGGAGAAGGGGGUGGAGACCCUGCAAGAGAUUGAUCGUAAGAUGUCAAGUGCUCACACCAACUACAAACUGGAUGAGGCCCAGGCGAUAAUGAGUGAGCUCCGGACCAUCAAGAAAGCCAUUUGCACAGGAGAGAAGGAGAGGCGGGACCUGAUGCAGAGCCUGGCCAAGCUGACCGAGGGCUUCAAGGACAGCUUUUCUCUUAGCGACCCUCACAGUCCAGGUGUGCUUGGCGAUUCGUUACCUCAACAGUUCUGCGAUGCUGGGUCUCAGACGGACAUCAUUGGAGAGUUUGUCUUUGAUGAUAAAACAAGACUUGUAGACCGAGUCAGGCUUAAUUGGCAGUAUGAGGAAGCCAGAAAGAGAGUGUCGACGAUUCAGCAGCAGCUGGCCCAGCUUGAUAACGAGUCGUGGCCGGGCCUGGCCGAGGCCGACAGGGACCGGCUGCAGCUCCUCAAGGAGAAGGAAGCCCUGCUUCAAGAGCUGCAGCUCAUCAUUCAGCAGAGAAGGCCGGUGGAAGACGUGGCCCGGCUGGAGGAGGAAAGGAGGCGCCUGGAGGAGGAGAUCCAGCGAGCCCGGGCCACGUCGGUGCAGGGCGCCACGGAAAGGAUUCUACUUCAAGAAAAAAGAAAUUGUCUACUUAUGCAGCUGGAAGAAGCUACCCGCCUAACGUCCUAUCUCCAGUCCCAGUUAAAAAGCCUGUCCGCCAGCACCCUGACUGUGUCUUCGGGGAGCAGCCGCGGGUCCCUGGCCUCCAGCCGGGGCUCGCUCGCCUCCAGCCGCGGGUCCUUGAGCUCCGUCAGCUUCACCGACAUCUACGGCCUCCCGCAGUACGAGAAACCCGACGCCGAGUGUGGCCAGCUUCUGCGCUUCGAUCUCAUUCCCUUCGACUCCCUGGGACGAGAUGCCCCCUUCUUAGAUUCCCCGGUGCCCUCGGGCUUCCACAAGCAGAGGCGCUCCCUGGACACGCCGCAGUCCCUGGCAUCCCUGUCCUCCCGCUCCUCCCUGUCCUCUCUGUCUCCCCCGAGCUCGCCCUUGGACACGCCCUUCCUCCCGGCCUCGCGCGACUCCCCCUUGGCCCAACUGGGGGACAGUUUCGAGGUGCCCGGCCUGGGCGCCCUCGACAGACUGCGGGCUCAGGCCUGUGCUUUGGGCGACGAAGACUUGCAGGGCACGGCAUCCCUUCAGCCGCACGGGUUCCCCGGGGAUGGGGAAGGACCUCGCGAGCGCGGACCCCAAGUGACCGCCGCUCCCACGGCUGCAACAGUGACUCUUCGAGAAGACAGUGCCAAGAGGUUGGAGAGGAGAGCGCGCCGAGUGUCUGCAUGCCUGUCGGAUUAUUCGCUGGCCAGCGAUAGCGGGGUAUUUGAGCCUCCGACCAAAAGGAGUGAGGAUACUGACGAGUUGGCACACGGAGACGCUUGUGGGAAUGAAGGGCCCCAGAUCCACGUUGGAUUUUUGCUCGACAGCGCCGGCGAGUGUCUUCUUGUGAACGUGCUCCAACUGAAGAAUAUUGCGGGGCUGGUCAUGAAGGAGGACUGCAAGAUACACAUCCGCGUCUAUUUGCCGCCGAUCGACUCUGGCACCCCAAACACUUACUGCUCUAAGGCUCUGGAAUUCCAGGCCCCCCUGGUAUUUAAUGAAAUUUUCAGAAUCCCUGUGCAUUCAAGCAUGUUGACGUUGAAGUCACUUCAAUUAUAUAUAUGUUCAGUGAAUCAGCAGCUGCAGGAAGAACUGCUGGGCAUUGCUCAGAUCAACCUGGCCGACUACGACGGGUCCAGCGAGAUGCAGCUGCGCUGGUACGCGGUGCAGGUGUUCAGCAGCUGCGGGCCGCCCAGGGCGAGGGAGAGCGAGCAGCCGGGGGGUGCCGCCGGGGACCCCGCACAAGCUGCCGCCGCGGGAAAGACGGACGCGGUGACGGCGCUGCUGGCCAGAACCACAGCCCAGCUGCAGGCCGUGGAGCGCGAGCUGGCCGAGGAGCGGGUGAAGCUGGAGUACACGGAGGACGAGGUCCUCGAGAUGGAGCGGAAGGAGGAGCUCGCCGAGGCCGUGUCCGAGAGGAGUUGGCAAGCCGACUCCGUGGACAGUGGCUGCAGCAGCUGCGCCCAGACCAGCCCCCCACACCCCGAGCCCUGCUGUGUUGGCGUCGACCCCCUCCAUGGACACGCAUUUGCUGGCCAGGCCGAUCCCUACAGCCCCAAGAAACUUCAGCCUCCACCUCUGAAGGUCGAUAAAGAAACCAACACAGAAGAUGUCUUCCCAGAAGAAGUAGCGAGUCUUCCGAAGGAGAGGCCCAGCCGCAGGGCUCGCGGGUCGCCUUUCGUUCGGAGUAGCACAAUUGUGCGUUCGCAGACCUUCUCCCCUGGGGCACGAAGCCAGUACGUUUGCAGACUUUAUCGUAGUGACAGCGACAGUUCGACGCUGCCCCGGAAGUCCCCGUUUGUCCGAAACACCCUGGAAAGACGGACCCUCCGCUAUAAGCAGCCCUGCAGGUCCUCCCUGGCCGAGCUCAUGGCCCGCACCUCCCUGGACCUGGAGCUGGAUCUCCAGGCCUCCCGAACGCGGCAGAGGCAGCUGAACGAGGAGAUCUGCACCCUGCGUGAACUGAGGCAGCGCUUAGAAGACGCGCAGCUCCGGGGCCAGACGGACCUGCCCCACUGGGUGCUGCGGGACGAGCGAUUCCGGAGCCUGCUGAAGGAAGCAGAGAGGCAGACAAGACAGACAAAACUUGACUUCCAUAAAGAACAGGCAGCUGAGAAGAUGCUGAAGAAGGCCUCCAAAGGGGUCUGCCAGCUGCGUGGGCAGAAGCGCAGAGAGCCCAUCCAGGUGCAGACCUUCAGGGAGAAGAUAGCAUUUUUUACAAGACCAAGGAUUAACGUACCUCCUCUGCCUGCCGACGAUGUUUGAUACAGUGCUUUGUACACAUGAAGUAUUUAUCUGCCUGGUUUGUUUUCAUGAAGUUCUUAGACUAGCUAAAUUUGUCCUUAAAAUAUUUGUGCAAAGCUAUUAAUAUACACACUUUGUAAAAAACACACACAUAUAUCUAUACAUAUAUAUUUUAUAAUAGUGACGGCAACAGGGCUUGGUUUUUCCUUGUUGUGAAAUUGACAUCUCUGAAGACAGGUUAUUUUAUAAAAGAUCAACUAUCGUGUUAAGAGUGUACAGUUUUUACGCUGUUUUAUUUGACUUAAAGGCUGGAAGACAGAAACAAAGUGAGUUCAGGCAAAUUCACUGUAUUGUAAUUUAUUUAUAGUACUUUUUUUUCCUUGAAGGAAAAUACUGACUUUAAGAUGUAUUUUAAGACUAAACUUUUGUGCUUCAGUACUUGUCAUGCUGUAGAAUGGGACUUUGGGGCCGGUUUUGUUUCUGACACCCAAAACGCAAACACUCUGCUGGAUUCGUCACUCGUAUCAGUUUCCAAAAUGUGUAUUUACCGUGUAUCUUGUACACGCCGCACUCCGCGUUCGCUUCCGAUCCCGGCCGCGCGUGCGUUGCCGAGCUGUGUCCCGCGCGGACUGCGCACCGACAGCCUCUCCUGUUGUCUUGUGCGACGUUGUGUGCUCCCUGGGAGUCUGAGGGGGGCCCCGGGCCUCAGCCGCCUGUCCGGCGUGGCUGGCCACACUGCCUGCCCUCACCAGACCACAGGCAGCCCCCGCCUUGGGUCCGCCCCAUCCGAUCAUGACCAGCGGGGCCGCGUGGAGCUCCUGCACUAUGACUCUGUCAUGAAGGCAAGUGACGGGAACUAGGAGCGCGUGUGUCCAGACAAUCCUUGAGUCCACGGAUGGGCGUAGCGCUUAUAACGUAGACGUGAUGGCCUUUGAAGGCGCUUGUUUGAGGAAGGGAGCAGGCAUGCGCGGGUAACGGCAGUUACCCAGCGAGUCACUGACAGGAGAGUAUUUGAUUUAAAUCAAACUCCGACCCCUCCAUACUGGAGUCUACCCAGUAUUUGCUAAGAAAUCUUAGAAGUAGUUCUUGAGGGGAAAAGAAAUUUUAUGUAAUAAAAUGUAAUAAAAAUAUACCAAUAUUCUUUUAAAAUGUCAAAUGAUCUAAAUAUUUUGCCGAACGCCUAUUUAUUAUACAUGAAAUGCGCUCUCCCUUCCGAGGCCUCAGACCAGUCAACGAGGUGGGUCACACGAACCGUACAAGAAGACAGAACUCUCUUCCUAGAUCUUUCUGCCCCUCCCUGGGAAAAGCCCACCUUGAAUCAGAGUCUCUCUCUCUCUCUCCUCAUUAGUCUGUAACCGCCCCCUUGUAUAACCUGCCUGCCUUUUUACAUUGUUAAAACUGAAUUUUGUAGAAGCAUUUCAUUGGCACGAGGCCUGUCACAGACAGGGGGUUUGUCCCUGGCGCUGGGACUGAAGACGCCGUGCUCUCACAGCACGCGACCCCAGCUUUCUCUUUGUGCCUCUAGUCGCGCUGCUUUUUGUUGGCUAAUUUCUCUGGGUACGUAACCCCCAACGGAGGUAGAGAUGCGCCAGGUCCCAGAGCUUGCCAGAACCGCCCCCCCAGCCGAGCGCAUUGCCAAGCAGGUGAGGACAAUGGCAGGCCUUCUCUGUGCCCCCAGCUGAUGAUACUUUUAACUCCAAAAAAGAACUGCCACCAGACUUGGGCGUGUGGAGGGCAAAUCAUGCCCCUCUCAGGUGCCCUGCUCCCUGGCUACGGAAAGGUGCCCGGGAACCAUUGCUUGGUGGCUGUUCCUCAGCACCUGCCACGUGGAGCACUCUCUGCGUGGGAUGGGGGCUCGAGGCAACUUUUCUGCCAACCCCUAUUAGUAGCAACGGGGGGGGGGCACCCACUGCGCCAAUACAGAAGGCCCUCCACCCAGGGGUUUCAAUUAACUUCACUGCCCAGUAGAUCUAGGCUUCUGUUUGGGGUGCUUACCCCCCACACCCCAGAGUUUGGUUGUGUGUGUGUGUGAGUUGUUUUUUUUUUCAAGAAAAGCUCUUUGCCCCACCAGGAACAAACAGUCCCUACUCCAGUGGCAGUCCGAGGAGUACUUGGAUUUGCCACCAGAUUGACUUCUAAUUGACUUCUCCCGCCUCCCUGCAAGGGUCUGCCUUUGCACCCAAAUGGGACCAGAGUGAGCAGGAGAGAAAAGCCAGACAGAUGGGGGAGGUAGAGGGUGAUGGGCUCUGUGCGACACAGCCGAGCCGGCGGCGGGCAGAAGUCCCAUGAUUGGCUUCUCUCUCCUGACCUGGUUUUGCAGCUUCUUUCUAGUGAAGACUGCCGCCCCCCAGCGAAUAGCCCACACGUCAGAAAGGUGAAGUCCUGUUGUCGGAAGGGCUGUUUCCAUCUUCUGUUUGAAUUUGCCCAUAACCGUGCUUUGGGAUAAGAAAGCUGCCCUGUUUGACCAGCACUUCCGGCCCAGAGACAAUCCCAAGUCCGCCACCAGGAUUCUUUAGAAGCAGUGCAAUGAGUCAAAGGGAAUUUGGUCUUCACGUCAUCCGAUCACUAAAUUGUCACUGCUGAAAUAAGUAACCUUCUGUCGUGGGAAUAAGUUCUAAUCAGUAUUCAUCUCUGUUUUUGUCACUCUUCCCUAAUUGUGUCAUUUGUAUUGUUUGAAAGUAUUCCUUCUAUAAAAUUAAACUAAUCUGCCUUAAGAACAGAA